AUGGGCAUCUUAUCCCUCCACGUGCAGCGCUGUCGUGCCUCGCUCCCAGCUUCUCGCUCUACGGUAGCACGUAAGCACGCCGGCGCCACGCGUUGCUGUCAAGUCAUCAAACGUGCGUCAUCCAAAUCUUUAUCCGCGCUGCAUCUGAGAUCCCGAGGCGUCACGCAAGUUUCUUCGCGCGAAGAUAUCGAGGAAUUAGAUGGUCAGAUUGAGGGCAUCGAAGGUUAUGGUGCGAUUUCAACGAAGCCCGCGACCCCGCUCUUGGACACGAUCAAUUUUCCAUCUCAUCUGAAAUCAUUGACCAUGGGUCAACUCAAUCAAGUGGCGAAAGAGCUUCGCGCCGAUCUCAUUUACAACGUGUCACAGACCGGCGGUCACCUCGGUUCGAGUUUAGGAGUGAUCGAGCUGACUGUGGCACUCAACUAUGUCUUCGACCAACCCGAAGAUAAAAUUAUAUGGGAUGUAGGUCAUCAAGCGUAUCCUCAUAAGAUCUUGACUGGCAGAAGAGACAAAAUGAACACGAUGAGGCAAACGGGCGGUUUAUCCCCUUUUACGAAGAGAAGCGAAAGUCCCUACGACUGUUUCGGGGCCGGACACAGCAGUACUUCUAUUUCAGCCGGUCUUGGUAUGGCUGUCGCUCGAGAUAUGCAGGGUGAAGACUUCCAUGUGAUAAGUAUCAUUGGCGACGGUGCCAUCACUGGCGGCAUGGCAUACGAGGCAAUGAACAACGCCGGCUUUCUUGACACGAAUAUGAUCAUCAUCUUGAACGACAAUCAGCAAGUAUCGCUUCCCACGCAAUACAAUAGCUUGAAUCAAGAUCCUGUUGGUGCACUCUCGUCAACGUUUGCACGACUUCAAUCAUCGCGCCCACUGCGAGAGUUGAGAGAGUCCGCAAAGGCCAUAACAAAACAGAUGCCGACACCAGUUCAGGAGGUCACUGCGAAAGUCGAUGAGUAUGCCCGUGGAAUGAUCAGUGGAUCUGGCUCUACUCUGUUCGAAGAACUCGGGUUGUACUACAUCGGAACAGUCGACGGUCACAACUUGGAAGACUUGGUGGCAAUUUUACAGGAAGUCAAGGAAACGAGGAGUGUUGGUCCUGUGUUGAUCCACAUAGUCACCGAAAAAGGCCGCGGAUACUCCUACGCCGAGGACGCGCAAGACAAAUAUCACGGUGUUUCAAAGUUUGAUCUGGCUUCAGGGCGGCAAAGUCAGCUGAAAGAGAACGCUCCAAGUUACACGAAGGUCUUUGCUGACGCGCUCAUAGGAGAGGCUAUGAUGGAUGAUAAAGUCGUGGCAGUGCACGCAGCGAUGGGUGGUGGAACAGGCCUGAAUCACUUUGAGAAGUAUUUCGCUGAUCGAACGUAUGACGUUGGUAUCGCAGAGCAGCACGCUGUUACGUUUGCCGCUGGUCUUGCGUGUGAGGGGUUGAAACCAAUGUGCACCAUUUAUUCAACGUUUUUACAAAGAGGGUGGGACCAAGUCGUGCACGACGUGGCGUUACAAAAGUUGCCGGUGAGGUUUGCAAUGGAUCGUGCUGGCUUGGUUGGUGCCGACGGUCCGACGCAUGCGGGUGCUUAUGAUGUUACUUUCAUGGCAUGCCUACCUGAUAUGGUCGUGAUGGCACCGAUGAAUGAAGCAGAGCUCUGUCACAUGGUCGCUACAUCUUUAGCUAUAGAUGACCGACCAUCUUGUUUCCGAUACCCCAGAGGCGCCGGUGUUGGGUUGAAUAUGGAAGAUGAAAGUGUGAAACUUGUCAAUCCAGGCUAUAAAGGUAUGGUUCUAGAUAUUGGCAAAGGAAGAGUCCUUCAAGAGGGCACUGACGUCGUCUUGCUGGGCUACGGCACUCCAACGAAUAAUUGUCUGCAGGCCGCUCAGAUGUUGCAGAAGUUUGGUGUUAGUGUCACUGUUGCAGAUGCUCGAUUCUGCAAACCCUUGGACGGCGAACUCAUUCGCCGUCUUGCCAAAUCACAUCCCAUAUUUAUCACUGUCGAAGAGGGCGCCAUCGGAGGCUUCGCUUCACACGUCAUGCAUUUCCUCGCUACUGAUGGACUGCUGGAUAGCGGCCUCAAGUUUCGUCCGAUGAUACUUCCUGAUCGCCCCAUCGACCACGGCUCAUAUUCAUUCCAAGUUAAUGAAGCUGGUCUAAGCGCUUCUCACAUAGCAUCCACGGCGCUUUCACUGGUUGGAAAACAACACGAGUCGCUCGAGGUCCUCGCAAGAGUUUAG